UCCUCCUCCUCCUCCUUCUCCUUCUCCUCCUUCUCCUCCUAAAGGGCCGCCGCCACUGCCGCUCCGGCUUUCCGCGUCUUCGAAACCGCCGCCACCUGUCGGGACCUGCCCGCCCCCCGGUAUAAAGCCCCGGGGACGAGCCCUGCCCCCCGGAGUCGGACCCCCAUGGAGACACUGCUGGGGACAGAGCACGGCCGGAAGCUGGAAGGAACUGGGAGCUUGAGCCUUCAGGAAGAGAAGGAUGAACAUGGACCAGAGGUCCCCCGAGGUCCUGACUCCUCAAAGUGAGGGCCCUUCCCAUCAAGCCAAUCCUGCCAUGAGUCUUUCAGCUGUCCAGGAGAAUGCCUCCUUGGGACCCAACAGCCUGGGACUUCCUAGACUUCGGGGGAGCCCCCAAACCAGCCGGUCUUGCUCCCCACACAACAGAAGUGUGAUGGUGGCCCCAGAGACAGGCCAACCAGAAGGGUUGGAUGAUUCAGAGCUACAGAUGAAAGUGGACUUUUUCCGGAAACUAGGCUACUCAUCUGGGGAGAUCCAUGGGGUCCUGCACAAGCUGGGACUUCAGGCUGACACCAACACUGUCCUGGGUGAGCUGGUGAAACAUGGGCCAGCUGCAGAGCGCGAAGCCUCACUGGAUGGGCCCACAGAGCCCCCAUUGGUGCCCCGAGGUGGAGGGACCCCAAAGGUACCCUCCCCUUCCUCUCUACCCCCAGAGGACAAGGAAGCCAGUAACCUGAGGCCAGUGGUCAUCGAUGGGAGCAAUGUAGCCAUGAGCCAUGGAAAUAAGGAGGUUUUCUCCUGUCGGGGCAUCUUGCUAGCUGUGAACUGGUUCCUGGAGCGUGGCCACUCAGAUAUCACAGUUUUUGUACCACUGUGGAGGAAGGAGCAGCCACGCCCUGAUGUGCCUAUCACAGAUCAGCACAUCCUUCGUGAGCUGGAGAAGAAGAAGAUCUUGGUAUUCACACCAUCCCGACGAGUGGGGGGCAAGCGGGUUGUGUGCUAUGAUGACCGAUUCAUAGUGAAGCUUGCAUUUGACUCUGAUGGCAUCAUAGUCUCCAAUGACACCUACAGGGACCUGCAGUGUGAGCGGUUGGAAUGGAAGCGGUUCAUCGAGGAGAGGCUGCUCAUGUACUCUUUCGUCAAUGAUAAGUUCAUGCCACCUGAUGACCCCCUUGGCCGACAUGGGCCCAGCCUGGAUAACUUCCUUCGGAAGAAACCUCUCAUGCUUGAGCAUAAGAAACAACCUUGUCCCUAUGGGAAGAAGUGUACAUAUGGGAUCAAGUGUCGGUUCUAUCACCCAGAGAGGCCAAGCCAGCCCCAGCGCUCAGUGGCAGAUGAACUUCGAGCCAAUGCCCGACUCUCCCCACCCCGGGCAUCUGCCAAAGACAAGAAAUGCCGCCAGCCCUCACCCACUCCAGCCCCUGGGUCCCUGCCUGUCAAGGAUGCUCGGGAACAUUGGCCGUCAGAGAAGAAGUUCCAUGGGGCCCAGCAGGCUUCCGGAGGCAAUGGGGAUGGGCAGACUAAGGCCUACACCCAAGGCAGGAGCCUGCCAAGCAUGAGUAGUAGCUUCAGCCCAGCAGACUGGCCCCCCCCUCCCCUAGACUCCCUCUCUUACCUCUCCCAGGACUGCCUGGAUUCAGGCAUUGGCUCCCUGGAAAGUCAAAUGUCAGACCUCUGGGGCAGCCGGGGGAGCAGCAGCCAUGGGGAGUCUGGGGAGCCUCCCAGGACUGGGGGCAGUGGCAGCAACCAACAGAGGUGCACCUUCUUAGGCCGAGGUCACCUCCUGCCCUAUGGCCCUGCACCCCCUGGCCCUUCAUCCCUCUCCUUCUCGGGCUACGGGCGCCCUGUGGGCACUGGGCAGUUCAGCAUCCCAGCAGAGUACCCUCCACCUAUGGGGUAUGCACCACGGGAGUAUUGGUCAGAGCCAUACCCAAUGCCCCCACCCACAGCAGCUAGGGUUCCCCAGACCCUUCAGGAUCCCCACCUACUUAAUGCUCCUGCAGCCUAUGGUGCUGAAGCAGCGACAUGGGGAACUGGGACAGAUAGCUUCACCAAGGAGCGGGCCAGCCUACGUGUAAAGCUCUGUGGCAUCUUCCCCCCACAUCUGGUGGAGGCUGUGAUGAGACGCUUCCCACAGCUCCUGGACCCCCAGCAGCUGGCAGCUGAGAUCCUCAGCUACAAAUCUCAGAACCCAAGUGGGUGAGCCAUGGAGAGUUCCCAGUGCUACUCAUAGCCCUCAGGGUGUGGGCAUGGGGUGGGGGCUGCCUUGGUCUCCCACGGACCCCAGCCUAACUAUGACAGUGCCCCCAGUCUGUCUCUGGAGUUAACUGGGACACUACAUGGACCAGCUAAUUUUUAACAACUCCUCUUGUCUUGGCACAGGAACCCUGUGGGUUCCUGAGCAUCAGCCUGAGGGAGAAUCUUAUAAGAAAGGGAUCCCAGAAACCAAAGAAAUACUGUAACAAUUGAUUCUGGUCAUGGACUAAUGAAGACUCUCUUUAUCUGACCCAAGCCUCUGUCUUUCUCAUGUCUCUGUGCUGUAUGUCUCUUUUCUCCCCCUCUGACUCUCUCUUCUGUUGUUCUUUCCUCUGA